GGGGAUCGGCGGCCUGGACGAGGACUCGGGCGGCGCCCCGGAGAGAAGCCUGCACGACAUCCUGGAGCAGGACAUCGACCUGGAGGAGGUGACGCUGCUGAGGAGCGAGGCGGAGGAGCAGCUCGGCAUCACGCUGUCCUGCUCGUGCAGCUCGGGCUCGGACGACCUGGACACGGAGGUGUACAUCGCCUCGGUCGAGCCCACCAGCCUGGCGGGGCGUGACGGCCGCCUCCAGCGUGGAGACCAGAUUCUGCAGGUGAACGGCGAGGACAUCACGACCCGAGA